AUGAAAAUCGCUUUGUUGGUGGGUUACAUUUUCUUCUGCUCCUUCUGGACCAUCGGUAUUUUCAAUAUACACUGUUAUUACUGCUCUGGCCAGAGUUUUGAGGAAUGUCAAAGUAAUCUUAAAUUGGAUGAGUACCCCGACUUCGCUGCAUGUCUGCAAUAUCAUAUCAGAUUCGACAAUGGAUCUGUGAAAAUGGAUGCUUUUGCCAAAGCAGUCAUACCUAAACGUUCCUGUGAACAGUUCAGCAAAGGAAACAUAACCGAAGAAUGCUACCAUCCUUUCUAUGAAUGCAAAGCAAAGUGCUGCUAUGAAGAUUACUGCAACAAGGGAAAUAUUCUGGACACAAGUGGUCAAUUUUCCAGCUCCAGGAAGGCAGUUUAUAUCAGCGAUGGUGUCGUAGCCAUGGGGUUGUUGUUGGGUGUGUCGCUUGCAGCUUUUAGUGUAAACUAGUCAUAGAACGUUUUGAUGAUUCAUGUGGUUGAAGUGAAAUCACCUUUGUGUGUAAUCUAGCUGUUAAUAUCAAUAUGUAGACAGUUUUGAGGUUGAAGU